AUGGACCAGAACGGAAAGGACGAUUCUAGCCCAGAGGCUACAAUUAGGAAUUUGGAGAUGAUCGCUGGCGCCCUGGAGUCGUUGAAGUUGGAGGUGUGUUCUACGUUCACCUCCCCGGGAGAUAGAGUGCAGGGCGAGAAAGCAGCCAAGGAGGAGCCCAAACCCAACAGCAACCUGUUGGACCUGCUGAUGCGCGCCUUCGGGAAAAGGAGCUCACACGAAAAGCAUCACGCCUUCUGGAAUACUCAACCUGUCUGCAAAUACAGUGAAGAAGUGGAUGCCGAACAAAUUGGCGCCGUAGACUCCAAUACUAAUGUAGAAAACAUUCGCCCACAUCCUUAUGCGCUACCGGAUGCAUUUGAGUGGGUGGACAUCGACAUCAAGGAUGAGGAGCAGCAGAUGCAGCUGUACUAUCUGUUAUACGAGAACUAUGUGGAAGACAGCGGUGGCCUACUGAGGUUCGACUACAAGACUGAGUUCCUGCAGUGGGCCCUCACGUCGCCUGGGUACAAGAAGGACUGGCACGUCGCUGUGCGUGUAAAGGCCUCGAAGCGCCUUGUCGGAUUCAUCAGCGGCAUCCCCGUGACUAUCAACGUGCUCGGCACUUCUUUGGAGGUUGCGGAGAUAAACUUCCUCUGCGUGCACAAGCAGCUGCGCUCCAAGCGCCUCGCCCCCGUGCUGAUCAAGGAAAUCACUCGCCGCGUGAACCGAUGCGGCAUCUGGCAGGCGGUAUACACCGCCGCGGCCAUGAUUCCGAAGCCCAUCACCACGUGCCGCUACUGGCACAGGACUCUGAACAUACGCAGGCUGGUGGAUGCACGCUUCACGUCUAUAGGUCAUCGUAUGACCAUUUCCCGCGCCCAGAGGCUCUACAAGUUGCCCGCUGAGACGGACGGCAUCGUGAUGCGCCCCAUGGAACGCAAGGACGUCGACAGCGUUCUCGAACUGUUGAAGAACUACCUCCCGUCGUACAAGGUAUACCAAGAGUACACCCGAGAGGAGGUGGAGCACUGGUUCCUGCCCAAGGGCGAGAGCAUAUACACAUACGUCAAAGAGGGCAGCGGUGGCAAAGUUACUGACAUGCUGAGCUUCUAUCGCCUGAACUCCAGCGUGCUGAACAACCCCAAGAUCGACACCAUCAAGGCGGCGUACUCGUACUACAACAUCGCCACCACGAUAACCUUCAAGAAGCUGAUGGAGAUGGCUCUGCAUUUCGCAAACGCUAACGAGUUCGACGUGUUCAACGCGCUUGAUCUCAUGGAAAACAGCCCCAUUUUCGAGGUUGGUUUCAUUAUUGGCGUCCGCAUCGGCCUGCAGGACCUCAAGUUCGGCCCGGGUGAGGGGAACCUGCACUACUACCUCUACAACUGGCGCAUACCAAGUGUUAGUUUCAGUGUUUCACUUCCCUCACCGUUGCUCAGGUGA